AUGAUUCAUCGGGACUCUCCUGAAUCACCUACAUUUCGUGCCAACCUUACAGAAGACGAGAAAAUUAAGGAAUACGUUCAAAGUUCAAUUAGCAGAGUUAACUCACUAGGAACACUAUAUGGAGCCAAAAAUACUAGCUCAUCAACCAGAUCGAGUUAUAGUACUGAUGAGUUCAUUCGACCUACAAUACAUGGUUUUGGUCUAUAUUACUAUGUGCAAUUUGGGAUUGGUAGUUUUGAUCAUUAUCCAAGUUACAAGACUUAUAACUUCGAAUUAGAUACUGGAAGUGAUCUUACAUGGACACAAUGCGAAGGUUGUGGCCAAAAUUGCUUUCACCAAACAGAUCCUCUAUAUCCUGCUAGUCAAUCUAGUACCUAUAAAGCAUUUCCUAGCGAUCAUUGCCCUCAUGGUGCACACUGCCAAAGUGACGGUGCUUGUACGUGGAAUCGUAGUUACGAGGAUGGCUCAUCUUUAAUAGCCAUUGCUGCCUCUGAAACAUUCUCCACUCUUUCUCAAGGUAGCAGCCGAAACAGCAUGGUAAUACAACUGCAGAAUGUCACGUUUGGCUGUGGAAUUAACAUGCAAAAUUUCAAGCAAGGUAGUAUAAAAAAUAACAGGAUAAGUGGAAAAUUGGGAAUGGGUAACGGCGAAUAUAGUUUCCUGAAUCAAGUUCGAGCAUACUUCAAAGGAGUAUUCUCGUACUGCUUACCAUUUAGUGAUUCUACGAUGUACCUCCGAUUCGGCGACGGUGAGAUGCAACUACCAGGCGGACUACAAACAACAACAUUGAAAAUGUACCCAGGUCGCCCUCUAUACUACUUGGACCUCCAAGGCAUCACCGUUGAUUCUACGCUACUAGAUAUUGAUCCCAAGGUUUUCGCUAUCAACGACACAGAUGAUACAGGCGGGUGUAUAAUAGACAUAGUGCCAACAUUCUCCACAAUUGCCUCGGAACCCUACAGUAUAAUGGCAUCUGCGGUAAUACACUACAUUGAAAGUGCAAAUUCUAAUGUUCGAAGAUUAAAUGAAUCCGAGACUUAUUUGGGUCUUAAAAUUUGUUACGAACAAAUCUCCAGAGAACCAGAUAUUGUUUAUCUUCCAUUAAUCAUAUUCCAUUUUGGUAAUAACGCUGACUUUGUUCUAACACAAAGUUCAUCCUUUAAUUCUAGAAAAUCAAAAAUUACUGGUAACGACAUGUAUUGCUUCACAAUGCUAGAUAGUUCAGAAACUGUAGAUAGCCAUUUGACGGUUUUGGGAGCACAACAGCAGAAGAGUCAUCGGAUUGUAUAUGAUGUUGAUAAUGCUCAACUACUCUUUAAUCCAGCGCCUUGUUAUGGUGAGAAUUGA